GGCCGGCAGUGAGUGCUUGCUUUGACCAGUUAUGCUGACGGUCGCAUGUAUAUGGCCUGCUGCGCCGUUUACAGAAUCAUUAGUUCGGAAAGCACUGGAGUCCCUUAACAUUCCAGUUCAAAUACUUACAUCCAUUCCUGAUGCACCUCUAAAAUUUCCACUCGUCCAAUGGUCUUCUUACGAUGAAAUCGAACACGAAUUUUCCAGGAACGAUUCUAUCCUUCAAUCAUCGUACAUCAUUCGAAAGAGCUUGAUCAGGAAGCACUUUCUAUCCCGAUGCAUAUUUUCUUACUGCACCAAACAUCCCGAGUCUGUGCUCAAAACAGCUUGGCCUCGAACAUAUGAAAUCGAAAUAUCAUUUGCUGAUGAGCUCGAUGAACUGUUUGCGGACGAGCUUUGGGAACUAGGCGAAGAACUCGGAGAUACUCAGAAAUGGUGGAUUUUAAAACCAGGAAUGGCCGAUCGCGGAAAUGGUAUAAGGAUUUUCAACGAUCGAGGGACGUUGGAAAAAAUCCUCGAGGAAUUCGAGGAUGAGAGUGCAACUGACGAUGAAGAAGAUGAAGAACAAGAACCCAACACGGCUGUGAUAAUAUCACAGCUGCGACAUUUUGUCAUACAAGAAUACAUCUUGAAUCCUUUGCUCAUUGACCCAAGAGAAGUGCCUAUCGGGCCUGACACAUCAAAACCAGACAUCCUUCAAGGACAUAAAUUUCAUUUAAGGGCGUACUGCGUUGCCUCAGGUGCACUCACAUUAUAUCUUUUUAAUCGCGUCCUGGCUCUAUUUUCCUCGGUGCCUUACUCUUCUCCUAACCCGCAAGACAAAAUACUAGACCUUGCACCACAUCUCACCAAUACCUCACUGCAGACCAAUCGCGGAGAGGAGGGUGUGAGGCUCUUGAAUGAGCUCAUUGGCUGUCAUAUACUGUCAACUGGCUCAGAACAGCAAACCAUCCUGACUGCCGAAGAUGUGUCGGACAUCCUACACCAGAUAGAAGUCGUUCUUGCAGAAACAUCCAAAGCUGCGUUGGAAAAUCCCAUUAAUUUCCAGGCAAUCCCCAACGCCUUCGAACUGUUUGGGGUUGACUUCCUUGUUGUAAAGGACUCGAAAGACAUUGAAAAUGAAUCAAAAAUCGAAGUCAAGCUACUGGAAAUCAACGCAGAGCCUGCAAUCGAGCUAACUGGUCCGAGAUUGGCUUGGAUAUUAGAGGACCUCUUUGCAGACAUCGGCAAAGUCUGUGUCGAACCUUUCUUUGCCAAACAGUCGUCCUCUGUCCAAGCUGACGCUAUUUCGUCAAACGAUUCCGGUUGGCCAGUGGGAGAGACUCGCCGAAAUUUAGUUAAAUGUAUGGAGACUGAAGUGCGGAGAUUAACAUAACGACAAAGAGUGGCUUCACUAGGCCUCACCUUAGCGCGUCACCUCGUCGGAUACACGAGAGACAGUUUCAAGAAUGUCAGAAAUAUACUUACGCUGUAAUUGAUUAUCAGAGUAAGGAUAUAUACGAAUGGUUGAUUGAUUGUCUUUGCGGGGAAGCCAAUGGCAGUGAAUGGAGAGUCCUGACCAAGCUGGACUGUGCGCUGGCUCCGAUACACAAGCGGGACGGGUCAAAUGAGGGAAUCAUC